AUGUCCGAAAGCACUUUCCACACCACUAUUCAAGACCUGCGCAAGCCCGAGUCUCAUGUCUCCCACGCUCACGGCGGCAAAACUCCCAAGGAUUCCAACAUCUCCGCAAUGAAGUCCAUCAUCGACCAGAACACAGACAAGCAGUCCGAGAUCGACAAAGCCAAGGCCAACCUGCCCCUGCCAGAGGAGCCUCCCGUCGCCAGUGACUGGAACUCUGCAGACCAGAGAGCUGUCAACGUUGGUUCCGGUCGUCUAGAAGGUCCCGUCUCAGGUGAAAACAACUCUGCCUUGAGAGGGCCUGCUACAGCAUCAAGCAGCGCUCGCGAAAGUGGAGAGGAGACACACAGAAUCACACAGCCAACAGGCGAUGUUGGCCGCCAGGGGCACGAUCACCUUAGGGAUCUUCCCAAGGAUGCUCUCGCCCGAUAG